AUUUGGUCUCUUUCUAACAGUUCAACCUGAAUCACUCAAGUUCUGAGGAUGACUCUAAUCUGGAAAUUUAUUUUAAUCUUCAGCACGAUAUAUUCAGCACAAUCCGUGGAUUUUCAAAAACCAUCAUUUCUUUCGUUGAGACCUGGAGAACAUGUUACUCUUCACUGCCCGUUUGGGGAUACUCGUCAGGCUGAAAGUGUUGUCUGGUACAAACUUGUGCUGGGAGAAAUGCCUCAAAAGGUUGGAGAAAGAUUAGCAUAUAAGGAAUACCAAAUUUUUCCUGAGUUCAAGCCAUCAAGAUUUACAAUAGACACGACUGAUAAUAGCUUUUCUCUGACAAUUCCACAUAUACAAAAAGAACAUGGAGGACUUUACUACUGUGAAAAAUGUAACAUAGAUGAUGUUGCAUUAUCAAAUGGAACUUUCUUAGCUGUAACAGCAGAUGACAAAAGUGUAAAGGUGUCAGUGUACCAGAGCGGCGGGUUGGACUCGGUUCCUGCAGGAGCGUCAGUGACUCUGCAGUGCUCGGUUCUCUCUGAGAGCAGAGCAGCAGAACUCCAAGUGCUCUGGUUCAGAGCUGCUCCACCACAAUCCCAUCCUCAAAUCAUUUACACUCAUCACAACAGCAGCCAUCAGUGUGAGAGCGGCUCUUCUACACACACCUGUGUGUACAACUUCUCCAAGAACAUCCUCAGCCUCAGUGAUACUGGGACUUACUACUGCGCUGUGGCCGCGUGUGGGAAGAUCAUUUUUGGGAACGGGACACGAGUACAACUGGAGAACUUUCCAGAACUAGUAAGACCUUUAGGUCCUGAAGUGAUCUACCAUGGAAUAGUAGUGGCAGUUUGUGUCGUUGUGAUCUUCAUUCAGGCUUUUAUAAUCUGUAAAAUAAAGAGUUGUGAACAAUCCACAGGUGAGUCUGUCUCAUACAGAAAUGCAAACUUUUUUUUCCCUCUAAAGUCACAAAAUUUGUUAAUAUUUUGUAUGACACGAUAAUAGUCAUGAUAAUAAUAAUGAGCUUGGACAGUUCCAUAUUUGUAUACUUAAAACAUAUAAUGUCAUAAAGCUCUUAAUCUGAUAUUUCUAAACAUUUUGCGCCGUCAUGCUUUAUUAAAAAAAUAUCUUUAUCUCUUUCUAUAUGUUGUAUAGCUGUAAAUUGUAAAGAUGUAUAAAGCUGUAUAUACAUUUUACACGUGGGGCAGUGGUGGCUUAGAUGGUUAGAGGUCUCUUUGGAAGGUCGGAAGGUCUGUGUUUUGAGCCCUGCCACCACUGUUUCACUAUUGUUUAGGCCUUGGGCAAGAGCAUUAACCCAACACCCCAUACAACCCAGCGAGUACACGCAGUGCUGGUAGCAGACCCAGUUAGAAAAUGGGAAAGUUAUAAAAAAAAGUACUUGGCAUAAAAAUUUUGCCAGAUCUUGUGGAUCUGAUGUAGCGACCCGUAGAAUAAAAGCGACAAACCCGAAGAGAAUAUGAUAGUUUUAAUAAAAAAAUGUGUGAUUAAACCCACAGCAGUUUAUCUACUUAAGUUUAUUUUUUGUAAUAAGAUUCUAGAAGUAUUUACACAAUUAAACUGGUCCUACAUAUACACAUAUGUAAGACAAUGAAUAAGUCAAAAUCUUAUUAGAAUACCAAGAAGAAUCUCUCUCUCUCUCUCUCU